AUGGGAUUAUGUAGAAAAGUUGAUGAUAUCAAUCAAAAUAAUAUCUAUGGAGUUAUGCCUUAUGUGGCCACUGAAGUAUUAAGAGGAAAACCUUACACUAAAGCAGCAGAUAUCUAUAGCUUUGGUAUGAUUAUGUAUUUUGUAGCAGCUGAAAGACAACCUUUUGGCAAUCGUGCACAUGAUCAUCAUUUAGCAUUAGAUAUUUGUAAUGGAAUUAGUCCUGAAAUGAAUGAGCUGGAAAUGCCAAUAACUUAUAUUAAGUUAAUGAACAAAUGUUGGGAUUUAAAUCUAGAAAAUAGGCCUGAUAUCAAUGAAUUAGAUCACUCACUUUCAUUGAUUGUAAAUAAUAAAUUAGAAAUUGAAAAAGCAGAGGAAUAUAGAAAGUUACAUCUCUCUUCAUUAAAGGGGGAUAGACAAAUAACUACUCAUCCUCAAGCUAUUUAUACAUCUCGAUUACUUAAUCCAUUCACAGAAGAUCUCCCAAAAUAUAAUGAUGACAAUUCUGAAUGCUUAGAUUGUGCAAUUACUAAUAAUCUAAAUUAG